AGGGCUAUUUCUGGUAAGACGCGGUUGGGUAUAAAAGCCGUCUCCUGGUUCGAGACAGGCAUUCACUGACUUGGGUUCAUCCUAUACAGUACACGCCUACAAGAUGCUGAAAGCUCUGGUUUUCCUCGGCCUCCUGGCCACCUGCCUCGCUGUCUACGCUGCGCCAGUCGUCUCUAGCUACGGAGUGGCUCCAGCCUACACUGGACUUGGACUCGAUUACGGCUACGGGCUCGGCUAUGGCCAUGAUCUCGGUUACGGUCUUGGAGGAUUCGGCUACGGCUACCCAUACGGUGGCUACGGCUAUGGCGGAUAUUACCUCAAGAAGUAAACCGAGACUAUGGCACCACCACGUUGGUACACCUUAUUGACACCUUUGCGACAUUUAAAACUCAGUCUUAAAAGAUGAGGCACAAUUUGCAUUAAAUACUGACAAUGGAGGAUAAUCGACACAAAGGAUUCCGAUAAUAACGCGAUGAAACACCUGAUGAAUAAAACAGCAUCCUUCAGUGAGUAUUCACGUA